AUGGAUUACGAGAUGGACAUCGAGCCCACAGGGCCCCAAGUUACAGUACGAGAGGCGGAACCAUACCGUGUCGACUUCAAACUGAGCUCCGUUGACCUGGCCUUCGCCAACUCCCUCAGACGAGUAAUGCUCUCCGAGAUCCCAACAAUGGCAAUCGACAUUGUGGAAGUAGAAAAAAACACAUCUGUCCUUCCGGACGAGUUCCUCGCCCACCGUCUGGGUAUGAUCCCGCUCAACUCGAAAAACUGCGACCAGGACGUCCAGUACACGCGCGACUGUGAUUGUGAGAACCACUGCGCAAACUGCAGCGUUACACUCCUCUUGCAUGCGCGGUGUUCGGGUGAUGAUAUCAUGCAUGUGUACGCUCGCGAUCUGGUGGUUUCGGGGGACCGUGUGAAUGAGUGGGUGGGCGACCCCGUCAUUACGGAUCCCGAAGGGAAGGGUCCGUUGAUCUGUAAAUUGCGUCGGGGGCAGGAGCUCAAGAUGACUUGCAUUGCUAAGAAGGGGAUUGCGAAGGAGCAUGCCAAGUGGGCGCCUACGGCUGCCAUUGGGUUCGAGUAUGAUCCGCAUAAUAAUCUAAGGCAUUUGGAUUAUUGGUAUGAAGAGGAUCCGGCCAAAGAGUGGCCUCUCUCCCAAAACGCCGUCUGGGAACCUGCUGCUCCUCCAGACCAACCCUUCAAUUACGACGCUCAGCCUGAUAACUUCUACGUCGACGUCGAAAGCAUCGGUACUCUUGAUCCAGACAUGAUCAUCCAGCAAGGCAUCUCCGUGUUGCAACGCAAGCUCGCAACCGUCAUCUCGGCACUCUCCGGCGCGGGAGCAGAACGCAAUGGUUAUGCCGAGGACGAGGAUCUGCUGGGCGUGCGAAGCCCGGAUGCCUACGAGCCUCCCGAGGGUAUGGAUGGAGGCUUUACAGCAUAUGCGAAUGGGGGCCAAAGUGCCUGGGGAGCAAGCGCUGCGACUCCGUACGGAGCUACACCGUAUGGGGGUGGUGGGUUCGGGUUCUGA